CUUCUAAGGUCUGAUCGCAAACUUGACUCCGCUGUACGGACAAGUCUUGCUUCUUCACAAGGUCUUCUCCAAGUCUUUCAGAUUCCAAUUUCAAAGCUGAGGACGACGACAAGGAAACCAUACAAAGAAGCUCAAGCUCGAGAUGGGCUUUGUGGGUCUCGUUCAAUUUUCCCUUCAAUGCUUUGAUGUUCUUGCAUGGCCUCUACUUUCUCUGGUGUAUCCUCUAUGUUGUUCCAUUAGGGCGAUUGAGUCCAAUUCUGUUUCAGAUUCUCAGAAGUUGAAUACUUAUUGGGUUGUCUUCUCAUUGAUUCUGCUAUUUGAACAUGCAUUUAUGAAGCUCCUAAAAUGGCUCCCACUGUGGCCAUACUUUAGGCUAAUCAUUGUCUUCUGGUUGGUGAUACCUCAUUUCGGUGGUGCAUUUUAUGUCUAUAAACACCUUAUCUGUCCAUGCCUCUCCACGGACCUCCAAAUUGUUGUCAACUGGUUCAACAAGCGGAAGAAAUCCUCGUUUAACAGCAACAAUGUUUUUACCGAGGUGGAGAGAUAUGCACAGGAGAAAGGACCUGAGGCUCUAGAAAAAGUUGUUGCUUCCAAAUCUGAGAGAACAAAGUCAAAUCCCGAUGCGAAAGAGUUCAAAGCAGUUUCAUCUCUGGAGAAUAAAGAGGUUAGUCAGGCAGAGCCUAAUCUCACUGGAACUGAAAACAGCAGAUUUCCCAGUAUGGAUAUUAAAGAAAAGGCCGUUGGGAUUGCAUCAGAGAGAGGAAUUUUGAACAUUCCACCUUCAGAGAAGGUUCAGGAGUGGACAAGUGCAGUCAGUCAGGUAACGACCCAAAGUGAUACAUCUUUUAACUCCUACCCGGAUGGUAAAAUACACAAGGCUGUAUAUGAGAAACUGAAAAUAGAGAACAAAGCUGAAGCUAAGCUCACUCAGAUGGAAAACGGUACAUUUGCGACCAUGGAGACUCAAGAAAAAGUUGUUGAGGUUGUUACAAGUAGAGAAGUUAUUGAGUCUGCCCUACAAGUCCAGAAAGAGUGGACUUGUGCUCUCUGUCAGCUAACAACUCAAAGUGAAGCAACUUUGAACUCCCACCUCCAAGGCAGAAAACACAAGGCAGCAUGUGUGGCACUGAAAGCAAAGAGCCAGCCAAUUGCGCCAAAAAUUGCCCCGGCUUCUACUGCAAAGGAAUCUAAUCAACCUAACAAGGAGCGAGGAAAGAGGACAACGAGUGCAUCAAAACAAAAAGUUAUUGUAGAUGAAAAGGUGCAAAGCCAGAAAAAUAGCAUUCCAACUUCAAGGACAAAGACUUCUGAUAAAUCUAAAAAGGAGCCAGCAGAAGGUGCAUCCAUCAAUGGAGGCCAACAACGAAAUCGGAAUGAGGUUCCAAGCAAGAAGGAUUAUCGUAUUUGGUGCAAAAUUUGUAAUGUGUACUGCCCUGGUGAGAUUGACUUGGCAUCUCAUGUCAGUGGAAGGAAGCACGAGAAAAAUGUGCUAGAACAACAACAGAAGGCAAAUAGUGUUCCAAGAAUGAAUGGUCCCCCUCUGUGGUGCAAGAUUUGUAAUGUAGGCUGCUAUAAUGAGGGUAACAUGGUAUCUCAUCGUAAUGGAAGGAAGCACUUGGAUCUUGAAUCGACUGGAAUGUAAGGGUUGUGGACAGAUAAUGUUGGUUCCUCGCAUUACUCAUAAAGAGCGUAGG